AUGGCAGUUCUGGGACUACAAGUAGUCUUCAGCCUGGUGAUGUUCACCUUUCUUCACAAGUUAGCUCCGUACUUCUCUGUAGGACGAUGGCUGUUGUCUAAACGUCUCAGUCGCUAUCUGCACCCAACCAAUGAUGAGCUCAAGCAGCUGUCUUCAGGCAACCAACCAGGAAAAACCACAGGCCAGACCUCCAAGGCAAAACGCCGAGCAGAGCAGAGAAGGAAUGCUGCCAGUGCACAAGCAGAUAAAUCAGAAUCAUUUACAGUGCCGAGAAACCUGCCUAUUCAGUUGGACCAAGCUCUGGUAGAAGACAUUGAUCUGGUUCCACUGCAGUUUUACUCUGAAUACACCUGGCUGAUGGACUUCUCCUUGUGCUCACUGGUCAUCUAUGUCCUCACAGAGAUCUAUUUCAUCAUCACCCCUCACAGACUUGAAUUUAAUUUGAGUAUCUUGUGGUGCCUUCUAGCAGUGGCUUUCUGUGUUCGUGUCCUGGCUAGUCAGGCGUGGAUUUAUCUGAGAACCCAAGAAGGAGGGGAGAGAAUACUGCUGGUGACUUUCACUUUCUUCUUCCUGGUGUUUGCCAUGGGUGUGUUGAUCGUUGGAGACAACGUCAUUGAGUUUGGGAUUGAGGAAGGCUACAAGAAUUUCUCCACAAGUGCAACCAAAUUUCUGGAACAGCAAGGGAUGACAUCUCAUGGGCCUGUUUCCUUCCUCACAUUUAAAAUCAGCCUAGCAUUUUUUGGCAUGUUGGUUGGUACCUUGUUAACAUUUCCUGGCCUGCGUUUGGCCAAGCUGCAUGUAGACACACUCAAGUACAGCCAGGAUCGAAAGAUCACACAGCUGCUUCUCCAGAUCAACUAUCUGCUGCCCUUGCUGCUGAUUCUGCUCUGGGUGAAACCUGUUGGACGGGAUCUCCUGUGUGGGAAAACCUUCUCUAAGGUGAAGCCAGUCUUCUAUGAGGAUCAGUUUGAAGGUUUCCGACUACUGCUUGUUGUCGUCAUGUGUGGACUUCGCAUCCUCCUCAUGCCCAAGUUUAUGCAGGCUCACCUCAACCUUGCUCACGAGAAAAUUGAGAGCAUAAAAAAGGAAAGUGGACGCAUCACAAAUAUUGAGCUACAGAAAACAAUUGCUAGGGUGUUCUUCUAUCUGUGUGUGGUAGCCAUCCAGUAUGUGGCUCCGGUGCUGUUAAUUUUGUUCUUGACCUUCCUUCUCAAAACUCUUGGAGGUCUGUCAUGGGUGAGCUUGUUUGGAGAAACGGCUGUCAGCUUCUUCACCCCAACUUCAAAACCAGGGAUGAAACUGCCAAAGUUGGGCGGAGAAAACAGCACCCUGGGAACCAUCAUGGAUUCGGCAGCUGAGUUUACCAGCACUCUUGGUGAUAUCCGAGGCAUAUUUACCCCAGUUUGGUACAGAGGCAUACUGAACUUCUUUCUGUGGUGGGUGCUUACGGUUUGGUUCUCCAGCACUUCUUUGGGGGUCAUGUACUACUCACAGAAUUUGUAG